AAACUCCUUUUACUCCGACCAACAGGUCUUGGAUAUUUGUUACAGUGUUUGAUGGAGGAUUUGGGUGGGAAUUAGGGAAUAGGAAAAGAGUGAGGUAUUGAAAUGAGGUGUGGGGAGGGUCUGUUGCUCUUAAGUUGUUAUUACCAAGAUUAUUCAGACUGUGUUUCCAGGGAAAUGAAAAUUGCAGAGGCGGGUGCCUGGCAUAAUGGUGAGUGGUGUUGGAGCAUCCAGUGGAGAAGACAGCCAUGGGGAAGAGAACUUGAUGAAGCUGAGCUGUUGGAUGAUUUGCUGUCCAGAACAGUCUUGAAGAAGAAUGAGGAAAACCCAAAGAGUACUGUCGGCAGGAGGGCAAAAAGAGUACAUUUCGAAAGAAGCAUACAACAUACUUUCCAGCAACACUAGAGUUCUUGAGACAUCCCUGUGUAAAAUUCUGUGGAACAGAUUCUCGCCUCCUCUGCGGUUAGCUGCUCCGAGUGGAGACUGUUGUUGAAUUAAACUUUCUACAAAAGAUAAUAAUAACCAUUUUACCUCAUGGCACUUUCCUUAAUUUCACUAACACUUUUGACCACACUUGUAGUCAAGACAAGAGGAGCUACCUUGGAUGAUUUUGUGAAAUUGCAUAAUCUGGUUGUCCCAGUAUAGUCGGUCUAUUUCCUAGAAGGCAAAGUUAUUGCAAAUUCCUGUUAUCGUUUCUAAGGAGGUGCACACAGAUUCAGCCUAUACCUGUCAUUUCAUUUGUAAGAGCAGACGUUGUGAAGUUAGCAACUUCUGCAUUGAGACAGCUGUGAAACUAUCAACUUCUCUGUGGCAGAUUGUAUCCACAAAGGUAGUCUGGUUUAUGCUCAUAACUUGUGUAGUACAAAGUCAAUCAAUUUGCAUUUGCUCAUUGAAUUUGAUAAUGAAAUACAUGGUGUCAAAUAAACCCUAAACAAGUGGAAUGACCUUAUUCAAAACAUUCCUCCUACCAUUAUAAUAAUCUACUAAUAAUCUCAAACCCCUUUCAUUCAUCAUCCGAUUCAUCCCACAACUCUACUUCCUGGCUAUUAAUGGUUCUGCGAAAUUAGGAAAAAGAUCCAAAACCCUGUUUCAUUGUAAAAACUUAUACCUGUUAGAAUCCCCUAUUUCGGUCCUGUUUCUACCAGGUCCUAUUUAUCCACGAAAGUGGUAGAUAAGAUCCAAAGCCCUCAAUCUAAACGGGCCCUCUUCUCCCCUGGGGCGUCCGGUGAUGGUGAUGGUGAUGGUGACGGCGACCUCUUAGCGCUCUUGUUAUCUACU